UAUAAUACAUUUUUUCUUGCAAAGAAGAAAAACCCAAAAUAACAGAUCCAAUUGUUUUCAAGAUCGCAUCUGAAUCAUAAUAUAUAGCAUGAUCAAAGAAGAGAUCGAUUCAUGUGUUCAUCCUUUAGAUGGUGGUAUGGCAGAAUCCGAUAAGGAAGUGGAGCUUGAUGCAACAAAAGCAAAGGUGGAUAAAGUAAGAGUAGAAAACGAGAAGUUAAAGCUCUUACUCUCUACGUUCCUUACAGAAUACAACUCCCUUCAAAUGCAUGUCUCCAAUGUUAUCCGACAACAACAUGAAGCUUCUAUGAAGCUAGACGAUAAUGGUCACGAGGAUUUGGAUGUAGAUAUAUCUCUUACGCUUGGUAGAUCAGAGCAGAAAAUAUCCAAGAAAGAGGAACAAGUAAAGAAAAUUAUUGCGGAAAAUAAUUCUAUUAAUAACAAGGAAGGGUCGGAGAAGAAAAUAUGGGCGCAUGGAUUAGGAUUUUGGAUUCAAAGUUUUGAAGAUCUGGAUACUAAUCAAACCAUGAUGUUAGAUGAUGUUUCUAGAGAGGUUAAGAAUAAGAACGUGGAAAAUAAAUGUUUAUCUUCCAGGAAAGAUGUCAAAACAGCUAGAAAUGAAGAUCAGCAUGAGCUUUUGGAAGAACAUGAGCAACCAGGUUUAAAGAAAACUAGGGUUUGUGUAAAAGCCCCAUGUGAAGAUCCAUCAAUAAACGACGGUUGCCAAUGGAGGAAAUACGGUCAAAAGACUGCAAAAACGAAUCCUCUUCCACGAGCCUAUUACCGCUGCUCCAUGUCCUCAAAUUGUCCCGUAAGGAAACAGGUGCAAAGAUGCGGAGAAGAUGAUACAUCCGCUUAUAUGACGACGUACGAAGGAAAUCACGAUCAUCCUCUUCCUAUGGAAGCAACUCAUAUGGCAGCUGGAACUUCUGCUGCCGCCUCCUUACUACAAUCUGGCGCCUCUUCUUCAGCGAGCUUAAGCCAUUUCUUCCCUUUUCACCACUUCUCUGUCUCCACCACCAACUCCCACCCCACUGUGACACUCGACCUCACACAACCAAACUAUGAUCCCAAUCAAUUACCAAACUACCCUCUUUCUUCUUCCUCUCUCAGCUUCUCCUCCUCUGGUCGUCCAUCUCCGUCAAAGAGUCACACAUUGAGCUUCAGUGGUUUGAGAUCACAAGCUCCUAUGAAUACAUAUUAACAUUUAUCACAUCAAACCAGACUUUUUGGACGGCAGUAACUAUCUAUAUUGGUAUAGAUACAUUUUUUUUUGCUUUUUUUUUUGUCAUUUAUUUUUUCAAAUUGUUUUAGGCAUGAUGGAAUAAAUAGCUAACAUGUAAAGUAGUGGAAUGGAAAAGGAUGGUAGCCCACCCAGGACAGCAUUCCAACUCAAAACAAAUAGCAGUGAGUGGACUAAUCCAAGUCAUUGUACACAAUACUAUCUGUGUGACAUCUUCUAACAAUUUCUCCAAUCUGGUUUUGAAUUAACACAAUACUAUCUGUGUGACAUCUUCUAACAAUUUCUCCAAUCUGGUUUUGAAUUAACACAAUACUAUCUGUGUGACAUCUUCUAACAAUUUCUCCAAUCUGGUUUUGAAUUAACACAAUACUAUCUGUGUGACAUCUUCUAACAAUUUCUCCAAUCUGGUUUUGAAUUAUAUGUGUCAAUGUGUCAUAUAAAGUUUGUAGAUAAUAAAA